CCACAUCUUCUUUCCCUACUCUGAAAUCCCACCACAUUUUCCAAUCCUUCACAACAGUGAAACUGGAAACACUGAAAACAUUUUCACAUUUUUAAUUUUCCCUCAAACAAAACAAAACAAAACACAUAUCAAUAUGCUUCUCUACUCUCCACUCUAAAACCAAACACAAAACACAAAAAAAAAAACACACACACACACCAAUGGCUCUCCCUCAGCUCAUUCCCUCACACAAACCCACUUUAAACCCUAACAACAAAAACAGCAACAUUCUCUCUCCCUUAAACCCCUUACAAUUCCUCUCUCCCAAACCCAGUUCCCUCCACACUUUCCGCCGCGGAAAACCCACUUCCCUCCGCUGCUCCGCCUCCUCCUUCUCCGAAAAGCACCACACGAACCCGCCGAAGUCCAACGACGUCGUCGAGCUCCCACUCUUCCCUCUCCCCUUAGUCCUCUUCCCCGGCGCUAUCCUCCCCUUACAGAUCUUCGAGUUCCGCUACCGCAUCAUGAUGCACACUCUCCUCCAGACCGAUCUCCGCUUCGGCGUCAUUUUCUCCGACGCCGUCACCGGCGCCGCCGAAGUCGGCUGCGUCGGCGAGGUAGUCAAACACGAGCGACUCGUCGACGACCGGUUCUUCCUAAUCUGCAAAGGCCAAGAACGGUUCCGAGUCACCAACUUGGUCCGCACCAAACCCUAUCUCGUCGCCGAGGUGACGUGGCUGGAGGACCGGCCGUCCGGCGACGGAGAGGAGGAUUUGGAGUCGCUAGCGAGCGAGGUCGAGACGUAUAUGAAGGACGUGAUUCGGCUUUCGAACCGGCUCGGCGGGAAGCCGGAGAAGGAGGUCCAGGACUUGAGGAGGAACCUAUUUCCGACGCCGUUUUCGUUCUUUGUGGGUAGUACUUUUGAAGGCGCGCCGAGAGAGCAGCAAGCUUUGCUUGAGCUCGAAGACACGGCGGCGAGGCUUAAGAGAGAGAAAGAGACUUUGAGGAACACGCUCAAUUAUUUGACGGCUGCUUCGGCUGUUAAGGAUGUGUUUCCGUCCUCGUAAAACGAACGAAAGAAGAGGAUUGCGGUAACUUUUAUAUUUUUGGGCUCUUUUUUACAAGUUGUAAAUUUUGAUGAUGUAUAAUUGGAAUCGUUUUAGUUUUAUUAGUUGUUAUAUAUACACUUGGAAAAGUUGGAAAAUUAUGUAAUAGUAAGAGAAUUUUUGAA